UUUUAGUUUGAAAUGUAGGAUACAGCGACAGGGCGGCUAUCCAUUUUGGCUAACUCAGUUGUUUUAUUUACAUUGCAAUACGUCUAUCUAUAUUGUCUCGGUGAUUGUUAUCAGUGACCAGAAUAUCUUAAUUCUGAGUGUAUGAUGUAUAUUAGUGACCUCUUCGUCGUUUAGUGGUCUUAUUGAGCACGGUUUUCUCGGUUUGACAGUUUCCUGGCCCUGGCUUGCAUUAGCCGGGCCCGGGGCUGGUGCACGGAACUAGCCUGCUAGCUACAAAGCUGGUCAGUGUUACAGGUCUCCAUAUUCAGUUUAUUUUUAAAGAAAUACAAGAGCAUUAUUUGGGGUGUCAGUUAUGGCGGUUGUAAACGAAGGAGCACUCAAAAAGAUGCUGAAGCAAUACAAAUAUCGUGACCUGACGGUUCGUGAGAUCACAAAUGUUAUCCUGCAAUACAAAGACCUCAAACCUCUGAUGGAUUCUUAUGUUUUCAAUGAUGGAUCAACAAGGGAGCUAAUGAGUUUAACUGGGACAGUGCCAGUGAGCUACAGAGGAAACGUAUACAAUAUUCCUGUGUGUCUAUGGCUGUUGGACACAUACCCCUACAACCCGCCCAUUUGUUUUGUAAAACCAACAAGCGCAAUGAUGAUCAAGACUGGGAAACAUAUCGAUGCUAAUGGCAAGAUCUACCUGCCAUAUCUGCACGAAUGGAAGCAUCCUCAGUCUGACCUGUAUGGCCUGAUCCAAGUGAUGAUUGUUGUUUUUGGAGAAGAGCCUCCAGUGUUCUCUCGGCCUAUGACUCAACCCGCCUACCAGGCUUUCCAGGCCACAGGACCCCCAAAUCAGUCAUACAUGCCUGGCAUGCCUGCUGUUUCAGCCUAUGGGCCAAACCCAAAUCCAUGUGGCUACCCAGGAUAUUCUUACCCUGGAGGGAGUGCAUAUCCUGCCACAGGGGGUCCUGCACACUACCAGUCGCAGCCACCAGUCACCACUGUGGGUCCGAGUCGAGACGCCACCAUUGGGGAGGACACGAUCCGUGCCUCUCUCAUCUCGGCAGUGAGUGAUAAACUGCGCUGGAGGAUGAAGGAGGAGAUGGAUCGGGCGCAGGCAGAGCUGGACGCACUUAAGCGCACUGAAGAGGAUCUGAAGAAGGGCCAUCAGAAGCUGGAGGAGAUGGUGUCCAGGCUCGACCAGGAAGUGGCUGAGGUGGACAGGAAUAUUGAGCUCUUAAAGAAGAAAGAUGAAGAACUGACUGAGGCUCUGGAGAAAAUGGAGAAUCAGUCAGAGAACAACGAUAUCGAUGACGUCAUUGUUCCCACAGCACCGCUCUACAAGCAGAUCUUGAACCUGUACGCAGAGGAGAACGCCAUCGAAGACACCAUCUUCUACCUCGGAGAGGCUCUGCGCCGAGGCGUCAUUGAUCUGGAGGUCUUUCUCAAGCAUGUCCGCCUGCUCUCCAGGAAACAGUUCCAGCUACGAGCGCUUAUGCAAAAGGCUCGGAAGACUGCUGGACUCAGUGACCUCUACUGACCCCACUGCCAACUGAACUCCAUUUCUUUUUCUGUCUGUAUUCUGUUUCUUAAACAUUUGUGUCACCCCCACUCCAAUUUACGAUACACUGGAUAAUCUGUUAUACCGCCACGCUGUUGAACUCUCAAAUUUGAUUGGUCAGUAGGUGUUGAUCAGUUUUCUACAGCAGCAGCUAUGACAGUAGUGCUAGCCACAAGGCAAAUCACAGGCUUAUAUUAAUGCGCUCGUUCUAAUAUGUUAUUAUUUCUAAAGUAACAGUAUGUUCACAGGGACUUAUAUGGCAGAUGCUCCAUAUAAUCUAAAGCUAAUAAUAAGCAGAUUAAAAAACGUGGUGUUGGUUAACAGUGAAACAUAAUUGUUGAUACAAUGCAGUUUUCUGUAAAGAGACAUUAUUUAAUAUUUAUGGAAGGAGUCACAGGUGUCAGCAUGUUGUAACAGUCAAUACGUUCUCCACCGUGGGAGAAUCUUCAGGACAGAGGACUUUCUCGGUAACGUGACAAGCUGCAUUAUUAGCUUCAAGAGAUAGUGAGGUACCGACUGUUUAUAGCUGCUGUAACGUAAGGUUCAACAGGAAGUUGUUACAUUAACAUUAAAUGUAACUAUAUAUAGAUAAAAAUGGUGACUUUUUUAAUUAAUAAUUUAAUUGUUGGUAAAUUGCUGUUGUAUAAGAGGAAUAAAACGCCUUCUUACGACCUGCUGUUAUAGGAAAAUAAUCAGCUUCAGCUUUGCAUCAGGCCACAUCACACCACCCUGUGAUUGCUUAUUUUCCUAUAACAACAAAACCAUUGUAUUAAUAAUUUUACUUAAUAAACCCUUACUUGAUAAUCAGAAAUUCAGUAAUUAGGACAGAUACACAAUAACUGUUCAGCAAACUGGAGGCAAGACUACAGGUGGGGAUUUCUCUUUCUUCAUGCAUAUAGGAGAAAAAAAAAGGAAGUUAUGUACAUCUUUCAGUAUCUUACGACUUCCUUUUAUGUUUCUGUUCUGCCUUCUUGGUAUUGAUGUUGUUUUUAAGCUUUACGUAGCUUACUAUAGGUCCUUUAUCAGUUUCAAUAGCAAAAUCUGAUGGGUCAGAUUAUGUUUAGUUUUUCACCAAUAGGUGGUCACUCCAACAUGUAGCCCAGUCAGUCGCUGCUGAUGUCCUCCGCACUCCUUUUAUUUUUAUUCUGAGCCAAACAUGAUCACCUUUCAGGAAGGGCAGGAAGAUUUGUAAUUUGUUUUACUCCUGUGCUUCUGAUGAAAGCCUGCUGUGUUCUGGUUCAGUCUUAGUGGUACAACUAUCACUCACGUAGCUGUUAAAAUUAAACAGACAUUUCAAACAUUAAAAAAGUACCCUUUACUGUCUAAUUUGUUUGUGUGAAUUUACAUAUGUAUGUGUGAGUGAGCCUGUAUGCCUGUGUUGUGUGUGUGAAAGAAUUAGCUUUGGGAUGAGAGCUAAUUUUGUAUUCCUUCAAAUAGGUUCCAAAGGAAUUAAUAAGAAAAUGUUGACAGCAUAGUUCAAAAAUCACUGUUUAUUUAUAUGUAUUUUGUUGGUUAACUAGAUUUUCUUAAUAGGAAGGGGUCUUUUUCUUAUAGAGAUCAUCCAGUCAUCUUAUUUUUCCUUUUUGUUUUCAGAUCUGUAGUCUUUAGUAUUAACAGCUCAAUAAAAGGAGGAUGAUUUGUUUAAUGUC